UCUAAAUAUCAUCAAUGUCGAAAUCUCUAUUGAUUUGGCUGUGGAAAGUGUGCUUUGAGUUUUAAAUUGAACAAUUUGCAGAAAUGUACAACGAAUUACGAUGAGUUUAAAAUGAAUUCAAUGGAAUCUGACAAAUUUUUAUUUACUUUUUUGUAUCUUUGCUUUUUAUACCUUUCCUUUCUUCCUGGAGGUAGUAUUGCAGGAACAGUUUCCACAGCUGGCUCUCUCACGCCCACUAUUGGAGGCUCUGUUGACUUCAGCUGUACAUAUACUCUAGGCUCCGGUGACACAGUCUAUCCGGGAUCUAUUUCCUGGCAAGUUAAAACAGGAUCAGGACCAGAGGAUUUUACAAACAUUGCCUCUUUUUCUCCCCCUGGUAGAAGUGAUUCUAAUUCCUUUACAGACUUUGCCGAUGAUUAUAAGAAUCGAUCUGAAUUAUUCAAUGUAACAGCUAUUGGAGCUUAUUCUUAUGUUGUUGUGAUGAGAGUAAACGAGGUGAUGUGUUCAGACGAGAAACAUUAUAGAUGCUCUGUUCUAUUUAUUAACGCUGGAUCAGGUUCAAUAACUGAGACAAAAGAAUCAUCUCUCACAGUUAGAGCACCAGCUGAGCAGCCUUAUGACAUUCCAGUUCCUGUACCAGACAAUAUAGAAGAGACCAUGGAUGUGACUUUGUCCUGUACAGCCAAUGUUGGAAAACCUCCAGGACAAAUCAGGUGGUGGCGCUAUAGGCAUGGUAUAAGAGCUCCACAGGAAAUGACAGGAGUGUCUUCCACCACCCCACCGCUUCAGGAAGGUAUGUGUGUCUACAACGUAACCAGCACGGUAACAUACAGGAUGACGAAGGAUGAUGAUCAGUCGGUGUGGAGAUGUUUCGUGGACAAUGAACUGUUAACAAUGCCAGACCGAGACAAACCUAAUCAAGAAUCUAAAAGGGUUAAUGUAUUCUUUAAGGUCAAUGUUCCCAUCAUAAGGAAGCUUCCAGACACUGGUGCUGACUCUCAGUAUUCCGUUGGCUCCUCCCUGACCUUCACCUGUCAAGCUGAUGGUAAUCCAACACCUGGAAUCCACCCAAAUAAGACUGUUAACAGAUAUCAAUGGACGUUUAAAGCCAGUCCCAAUGACAAUGUUACAGAACUAUCAUCCAUUAAAGGAACAUUGACUCUGACCAAUCUUCAGGAAACUGAUACAGGGACUUAUACUUGUACUGCAUUCAAUGGAUUCAAUGGAAAUUUUUUUAAUGCAUCUAGAGACCAAAUUUUACAAGUUGUGAAAUCUACAACAACCACUACCCCAACUACUACGCGGAUUCCUUCGCAUACCCCAACUACUACGCCGAUUGCUUCGCAUACUAUCGAUACAACUGCAUCUUCUGAAACAUUCACAACACAGGAAAGGAGCGGUAAUAUUUUAGUAUGCAAGCAUUCUUACAUAUAG